AUGGCAAAAUUUGAAGAUUUUAAGUAUGUACGAACAAUAGAUUGUCGACAGGGCGCUGUUCGGGCCGUCAGAUACAAUGUUGAUGGUAUCUAUUGUCUGACCUGUGGUUCGGACAAAAAGAUCAAAUUAUGGAAUCACAAAACCGGGCUUUUACUAAAAACGUAUGGCGGCCAUGCGGAUGAAGUGACUGAUGCCCGAUCCAGUUGUGAAAGCAGCAAUAUUGUUUCUGCUAGUUUGGAUAAAAGUAUCAUAUAUUGGGAUGUUAGUACUGGGGCGCCGGUAAGACGUUUACGUGGCCAUGCUGGUGGUGUUAAAUGUGUUUGUUUCAAUGAGGAUUCAUCCAUUGCCAUUUCGGGUGGCAGAGACAAUGCCGUUUUCUGUUGGGAUAUACGUACACGGCGCCUCGAACCGGUUCAAAUGAUGCGUGAGGCCAAGGAUUGCAUUACAUCAGUAUUGAGUAAUGAAAACAAAAUAAUUACAUCCUCUUUGGACGGUUGUAUACGCCAUUAUGAUAUACGUGCCGGAGAAUUGACGGUGGAUAAGGUGGGAGUACCCAUAACAUAUUUAUGCAUGACACGAGAUGAACAAUGUUUGGUGGCUGCUUGUCAAGAUAGUGUUGUGAGGCUUUUGGAUUGUGAAUCUGGUGGCAUAUUAUCCGAAUACCGAGGACAUGCUGCCGAUGAUUAUCAAGUCGAAUGUGGUAUUAUGUCCAAUGAUGCACAUAUUAUAUCGGGUAGCAGUAAUGGUAGUGCUUAUGUGUGGGAUUUACUGGAGGGAAAGGUUUUGCAAAAUCUUGAAAUAAGUGAGUAA